AUGGCGCCCACCAUCCUGAUGCGGCCGACCAAGAAGGAUUGGCAACGUCAAUCACAGUCCGAAUCCGAAGAUGAUGACAUGGUUGGAAGGAAAGAAUUGAUGCCACUUGUUAUGUCUCAAGUUGGUCAACAUUUUGUACCAUUGGUUAUAACAAUGGUUGGUUUGCCAGCACGUGGCAAAACCAUUCUUGCAUAUAAAAUCCAGCAAUACCUUAACUGGACAAAUCAUAAAGCUAAAGUGUUUUCUGUGAGCUCGUAUAGACGUAAACAUAUUGAAUCUUAUAGUAGUCAUGACCUUUUCCGUAAGGAGAACAGUGAAGCAGCUGAAAUUCGUCAAUUAAGUGCUCAAGAGGCACAAGAUGAUGCUACUAAGUGGUUACAAGAUGGUGGAGAUGUAGCUAUAUUGGAUGGGACCCAUAUAACACAAGCUCGUCGCCAAACUGUAUACGAUCAUUUUGCUAAAGUCAUGGGUUAUAAGGUACUAUUUAUUGAGUGCGUUUGUGAAGAUGAAAUGCUCAUAGAACGUAAUGUCAAAGAAGUGCUACAAUUCAGUAAGGACUAUAGAAAUAUGUCUAGUGAGAAAGCUCUAGAUGAUUUUCAUCACAAGAUUGAACAUUACAUGGAACAAUAUGAACCAAUGAAACCAAAAACAGAUGGUUACAGCUAUAUAAAGUUUUUAAAUGCAGGAGAAUCACUUACUGUUUGUCGUUUGAACUCUCCAAUGCAAAGUGAAGUGCUGGCUUUUGUUUCAAAUGUCAAACCAUUAUCAAAAACAUUUUAUUUUUCAAGACAUGGCGAGAGUGAAAACAAUGUACUGGGUCGUAUUGGAGGUGAUGCAGAUUUGUCUGUCCGUGGCCGUACUUAUGCUGCUGCAUUGGCACGCUAUUUCAAUAAUGAAGAACGUUUAGAAGGCUUACGUGUGUGGACAAGUGAAUUAAAGCGCACUCAUCAGACAGCUCAAGGUAUUAAAGCACUUGUAGAACCUGUGCCUGCUCUCAAUGAGUUAUAUGCUGGUGUAUGUGAAGGAUUGAGCUAUGAAGAAAUGCAAAGCAAAUUUCCACAAGAGUUUGCUUGGCGUGACCAAGACAAGUUACAGUAUAGAUAUCCAUGGGGAGAGUCUUAUAUUGAUAUUAUGACAAGAUUGAAACCAGUAUUGUUGGAACUCGAAGGCGACAUAGACAACUUAUUGAUAAUUAGUCACCAAGCUGUUUUAAGAUGUUUACUUGGAUAUUUCUUGAACAAGAAACAUGAAGAAUUACCAUACAUUAAUGUGCCUUUGCAUACCAUCAUUAAGUUGACUAUUAGUGGAUACAAGUGCAAAAUGGAAGUGAUUAAAUUGAACAUAGAAUGUGUUGAUACUUACCGCAAGCAACCUAAGAACUGCUCUAUUAGCCGUUCAGUUGAUGAUGCUUUACUCACAGUGCCAGCUCAUUUCGAAAAUUUGUCUUUGUGGAAUCAUUCACCUAUCGUUCAACUUUGAACAUAGUCCAAUAAUAAUAUACGAUGAAAUAUAUUUAUACGAUUUAUAUGUU